UACCGCAGCCCAAACAACCUGUCAAAGUCGAACGGUCAGGUUUUGCUUUGUGACCAACUUCAAAUCUAACACAGCAUAUUUACAUAUUUUACGAGAUAGUAUUCAUUCGCUAGCCCACAAAUAUGUACACACACUCACACACGCAUACGCACACAUCGACACGUACAUACAAACUCGUCGAUAGAAGAAGGUGAACACAGUAGAAACGGCACAUGCAUUGUUGUUGCUGUCGUUGUAGAUAUGUGUUGAAUCUAUUGUAUGCGUUUGUUAUUUGCUUCGUGUUCUCGAAUCGAAUGUUAUUACACACAUCUCUGUGUGUGAAUUGUACUGUAAUUGAGCGAGAGAGAAAAAAAGUGGCAAAGACCCAAGUACAAGGAAAAAGUUGAGAAAAGAAAAAAAAUUGCAAGUUUCAUUCGUCAAAGUUAAUUGCAAAUCGUUGUGUAGAAAAUUUCAUCAUUUUUCUUCAGUGUGGCGAAAUUUGUGGAUUUAUUCCUUCGGAAAAAAUUCGUGUACAUUGCAUUCGAAUGGGCGAAUCAAGGGAAAUCGUGUGAAAAAUUUCGUCGUACGUGUGUGUGGAAUCUAUCGUUUUGUAGUUAGUUAUAUUGUGAGAGAAUCUAUCAAUGAGCUUUCAUCUUGUGCAAAUGUAAACAAAUUUGAUGGAAAAAAAAUUAGGCCAUAAGCAGUAAAUACAUUUGUAACUAGCCAAAUUCAAAGUCAAAAUAAUUUCGAGCAUCCGAAUAAACCGAAUUGGAUUGGUUUCAUUUUUGUUUGUUUGCGAAUAGAAAAACAAGUUUUAAUUUUUCAUCGUCAAUUAUCGCAACAUAAAACCAUACAACGAUGACAAUGAGCGAUGACACACCAGUUUCAACGCUAGUCUUGCCAGUUCUUUUACGGCCGAUUUUAUCACAGUUGGAACGACGAGAUGUGGUUGCAUCGCAAACACUUCGAGCUGCUUUGACAAAAGCAGAACAAGCACAUCCGGGCCUAUCAUACGACAUUGUGAUGGGUAUUCUGAAGAAAGGCGACCUUAAUGUCAAUUUAAACGAAAGCAUUCUACGAUUACAGGGUAAUGCCACUGAAACUGACUUGGUUGAAUAUCGUUUGAAUCGUUCCGAAGAUGCCUUUCAAGAGUUGAACAAAAAAUCGUCUUCGCUCAAGCGGAUUUUGAGCCGGAUUCCUGACGAAAUCAGUGAUCGCAAAACAUUUUUGGAGACAAUCAAAGAGAUAGCGAGUGCCAUCAAAAAGUUGCUUGACGCGGUAAAUGAAGUGGUUGGUUUCAUACCGGGCACGUCUGGAAAGCAGGCGGUGGAACAACGAAAAAAAGAGUUUGUGAAAUAUUCAAAGAAAUUCAGUACAACACUGAAGGAGUAUUUCAAAGAGGGACAAGCCAAUGCCGUAUUCGUCAGUGCACUGUACUUGAUCCAUCAAACAAAUCAAAUUAUGAUCACAGUAAAGAAUAAAUGCGAAUAAGCAAACAAUUUCAUUGUUAACUUAGCCAAUAUUAUUUCAUAGUAAAAAUGUUGUUGGUUUUUUCUUACUUUUGCGACAGCAUCAAAGCGAAUGGAUACAACAUUUUUCUUUUUGGUUCAGAAUGCAAUAAACAUUAGCGAAAUCCAUAAAAAAACUCUUUUUAGACAAUUAGGUUCCAAUUUAUAUUUGUUGAUUUCAUUUUUAAGUAUGCAGUACUAACCUUUUUUUAAUGUUUUCUGAACGAAGUAUCAUUGUAUGAAUCGCUAGGCAUGUAAGUUAAAUAAAAAUGUUGGACAAUUCAAAGAAUUUAUCAUGACAGCAACCCAAACGACGACGACGACGACGACGGCAGUGGCGAUUAUAUUGGACGUUCGUUGGACAAGGUGCAACCAGCUAAGGAUCACCGAUCAUUUUUGAAUAUUCAACAUACGACAAAAGACAAUUUUUCGUUAUUCAUCGGACAUAGAAACAAAAAUCGAUGUACAUAAAAUGCAAUUGCCCCGCACAUUUUUUUUAGCGAGAAACUGCGACAAAGAUUACAACUAGACUAUCAAAACUAAAUUAUUCAUAGAAACCUUAUUAAUUACUGGAAUGAAAAAUAAAUUGCACGAACGAUGUAGAAUAAA